UGAGCAAGAUCACCUCACAUCAAAUAAUCAAGAUCAUGUCCCAAAAUCUCUCACUCUUUUGUGUCUUUCUCAUUUUUGGCUUGUUGACACCAUCAACUUGUCUCAACACACCAAAACAAGGUUCCAAAAGCAAAGGCAUGUUUGUUUUUGGGAGUUCAUUAGUUGACAAUGGCAACAACAAUUUCCUUGCAAACUCCUUAGCCAAGGCAGAUUUCUCCCCCUAUGGAGUUGACUUCCCUCUUGGCCCUUCUGGAAGGUUCACCAAUGGAGAAAAUGUGAUUGACAUUUUGGGGAAGAAGCUGAAAAUCCCAGACUACAUCCCACCUUUCACUGAUCCCUCAACAAGGGGGACCAAGAUAGUGCAUGGUGUCAACUUUGCUUCUGGUGGUUCUGGGAUUCUUGAUGCUACCGGUGCUCUUGCUGGAAAUGUGACCAGUUUGAAUCAGCAAAUCAGCAAUUUUGAGAAGGUGACUCUACCAGAACUGGAGCUGCAGUUGGGGAGCAAUAACAGCAAAGAAAUACUAUCUAAAUUCUUGUUUGUAGUUGGAAGUGGAGGAAAUGACUACUCACUGAAUUUCUUUCUGGGGUUGGCUGGCAGUAAUGUCAGUCUUGAAGCAUUUACUAACACUCUGACAGCCACUCUCUCUACCCAACUCAAGAGGUUGCACGAGUUGGGGGCACGGAAGUUUGUGCUAAUGGCGAUCAAUCCGAAUGGCUGCACUCCGAUGGCCUUGGCCAGGGUCCCGACACAAGAGGGGUGUGUGGAGAAUCUGAACAGAGCAUCUGUUAUGUUCAAUGCCAACUUGAAGAACUUGGUAGAUGAUAUCCGGCCUCAAAUGCCCGGUUCUAAUCUUGUUUUCGUCAAUGCUUACAAGAUGAUGAGUGAUAUAAUCAGAUUUCCUAGAUCUAGAGGUUUCCGCGAUGCAAGUAAUUCGUGCUGCGAAGUAAGGCAGGUGAGUGAAGGCGGGACGGGCAUCUUGUGCAAGAGAGGAGGCUCGAUUUGCCCCAACAGAAGGGACUAUGUGUUUUUUGAUGGCUUGCAUCCAACAGAAGCUGUAAAUGUUGUUAUUGCAACCAAGGCUUUCUCUUCCCCACUGAGAGCUGAGGUCUACCCUUUCAAUGUCAUGAAGCUAUCACAAAUUUAAGGCUUUCCCUACUUCUGUCACGUUCAUUGUAAAACUUGGUUUUGUUAAUAAAAAGGAUGGAAUCCUCUGAUUUCCUCGCUUGCAUGAGCCCGUCUCAUCCUCAGUUAAUCACAAGCUGGUUUAAGGUUA